AUGAAGCUGCUGACCCACAACUUGCUGAGCUCCCACGUGCGUGGGGUGGGACCCCCGGGCUUCCCGCUGCGUAUCGAGGCCACCGAGAUCCGCAUGAGCUCCGUGGACUUCAACCCAGGCUUCAUGACGCGCAUGAUCCCCAAGAUGGAGUGGACGGCACUGGUGGAAACGGCCGAGAGCCUGCCCUGGCAGCUGGUGGAUGGCUAUGAGAAGGAUGAAGAGCGUCUGAGGAAGGUGCAAGACGUCUUGUUAGAGGUAGAGGUGGUCGAGCGUACCCUGCAGUGCCCAGAAUCCGGACUCCUGUUCCCCAUCAGCCGAGGGAUCCCCAACAUGCUGCUGAGUGAUGAAGGGGCCACAUCCUAG